AUGAUAGACGCUCACUGUUGUGAUCCCGAACAGUGUGGCUCUUCGGUUAUAGAUAUUUCAACUCCACACACGUUGCAAAGAGAUUUCAAUAAUUGGCUCAAUGGCGUUGAAGUUCCGAAUUCCUACGAAUCCCAACAAUGUGACUCCUCCUCAUCUGCAGAUGACUCUGGAUCCAAGACCUCUUCCCCUAAUCCAAUGCAAUCCAACACCUCCCAAGACGGUACAAACCUAUACGGUCGACCGUAUUGCCCUGGUCGACCGUUGUCAAUGGAAGAGAGAACUCGAAUAAUUCAAUUACAUAACAACGGAAUGAAAGUUAAUGCCAUCUCCAAAUCUCUUUGUAUUUCUCAUGGAUGUGUGAGCAAGAUUAUCAGUCGAUUUCGAGCGACCGGUGUCUUGCUACCUGCGUGUUCUCCAGAGCAACGGAAAUCCAGAAAACGAAAAUCAUCGAUGGAGGGAUCGUCAAUGGAGCAGAGUUUCAUUCCGGUUUUUGUAUCGAUGCAAGACGCGAACGGAAAUGAGUAUCUCAACGAAUAUUAUAGUCUUCCGGUGAACCAAAACGAUAGUUCCGGUUACGAUUAUCCGGUUUCAAUUUGA